UACUUUAAAAAAUGCAAACAAUAAACACCAACCAAACGACCGAAAUAAAGAUACAGGAUGCUCUAAAAGUUUUUGAGUGUGCAUAUAUAUAUAGGGUGGCUUAUCUAAAACGAUCUAGCAUUGGGUAACGAAGUGCGAUAUCGUCGGUGAUGGAGGGUGAUUUUUGUCCCUCUACUCACUGCAUCGUGGUCACACCUGACUUUCAAAUGCACUGUGUCCGAGAUAAGGAUGUGUAUCAUGGAAAUCUCCGAAACCAUAGAAUGUAAUAUAAUUUAUUGUUGUGACACGCGUCUAAAUUUCACCUGCUGAUUUCACGAAUUAUGGAAAAUUGCAGGAAAAUAAAAUGCAUUUUCAUUACAAUAUUUCGUUUCGGAGAAAUUAUCAACUUUAUUUUCUUAUAUGGCCCCUAAAAAAAGUACAAUUAAACUGUAUUGAGUAGCAUUUUUUAUUAUUAAUGCAACACCUGCGCAUGCGCGAUUCUACCUAAAAGCGUUUUAGAUUUUCCUUUUAUGUCUGUGUACCAAAUGGGGUUCCAAUUGGUUGACCCGUUUAGCCAGAAAUAAGAGUACAGACAGAUCGACAAACAGAUCCACAUCAUCGAGAUUUUGUUUGAUUCGAAUUCCUGGUACUUCAAAACCUGUAUUUUCGUAAAGAAAGUGGGGGGUCAUAAGAAUGCUUUAGUAAGCGACUACUCUGUACAACGGUUUGAAUAAAAUGAAUAAAAAAAUGAACAUAAAUUUAUAGCAAAAGCAAAGAGAUAAUCACGUUAUCGUUAUAUACCUACUCUUUGGCAAAAGUAAAUAAUGAAAACUUCGAUGCUAGAAUGCUGUUUUAGUUAUUUAAUUGAGUCAGACGGCUCCCCUUCAGCUUGCCUAACGGAAGUUUUACUUUUUAGACGAUGGAGUUCUCCAAUUUUCUUCAAUCUAUUAUCUCAUGUAGGUUUGAAGAGUCUAUGCUAGUGAAAUUUUUCGAAAAUGCAUUUGAUUUGGAAAAUGUUACCAUAACCAAUGUGGAGAAUAAAGAUGGCGUUAAGAAGGGCGAUUCGUACCUGAGCGAGGUGAACAACUUUACCGUUUCGGCCUCUGGUAAACACAAAAGUGAUGGGAAAGUGGUAGACGUUUCUUUGCCGAUUAUAACGAAGUGUCUACCUAAAAGUGUUGGCUGGCUAAAAACCUUUAGGUCUGCCGAUUUCUUUAACAAUGAAUGCAUUUUUUACAAUACUGUUUGGAAAGCCAUGAACCAAUUUCAGUUGGAGAAGAAUGUUAAAGUGUUCGAGUCCAUUCCUUUAUGCAUUUCAGCAUAUUCGGACGGCACCAACGACUACAUUGCCCUAGAGAAUGUAAACUAUAAAGGAUUUUCGCAGUUAACCAGAAGCGGCGGUUUAGAUUUUGACCAUGCUCAAUUAAUCAUGCGAUUAUUCGCUCGUUUUCACGCACUUGGUUUGGCGUUCAAAGACCAAAAGCCGGAAGAAUUUCAAACCAUCGCAAACGCCUUGCACGAAACCUAUUUUUCUGAAAAUUAUAGAAAUUGGUACUCCAAAUUUCAAAUCAACAAUCUAUUUCCAUUGAUUCGUGACGCAAUUAAACAACAGUUGCCAGAAUCGUAUUUGAGACGAUUUGAUGAAGUCACAGAGGAUGAUUUUUUUGGCAAGCAAAUAAAGUCUUGUGAGAGGAAAGGUCGACUGGCAGUAAUAACCCACGGUGAUGCAUGGGCACCAAAUUUCUUGUUGAAGUAUGAGGGCGGAAAUUUAAUGGACGCAAUCAUGAUUGAUUUUCAAUUAGCCAGAUAUGCGUCUUUAGGAUUAGAUAUAACAUUUUUCUUGUAUUCUUGUACAGAACAGCCAAUGAGAUUAAAAUAUUGGGAUAGAUUAAUUGAAGGUUAUCAUGAAACUUUCGUUUCGACUUUGAAACAGUUAGGAUCCAAUUCGCAAUUGUUAACAUUAGAAGAUUUAAAAGAAGAGAUCAAGUUAAGCGCAUUAUUUGGCGUGGGCAUGUCGAUGGAAGCAUUGGCAAUGUCAUUGCUAGCUGACGAUGAUGUUGCAGAUCUGAAAGCAAUUGAGGGAGAAGAAGUUCCAUUGGAAAAUGUGUGGGUUCUGCCUUUAUUGAAGGAUGUACAGAAACAACAGCGGGUUGCAAAUAUGCUGAAGCACGCCAUUGACAGCAACUUUUUUUAAUUACUACCAUACCAUGUCGUUCGCUGACUAUUAAUUUUAGCCUAAGUACUUUUUUUGUAUUUUCAAGUUUUAGUAAUAGCAAUGUAUAUACACCUAUAAUGGUAUAGUAGGUAUUAACAUAGGUAUUCCUAAUACGAAAAUUCGAUUUAAUAAAUCGAUACAAUGGAA